GCGGGGGGCGCGGAGCCGCCGCUCCCCUCCCCCCGGCACCGAGACACCCCCCCCCCCCGCCUCCCGGCGGAGCCCCCCCGGCCCCGGCGGCAGCCGCAGCGCCCGCCCCGCCUCGCCCCGGGGGACCUGUCACCCCCGGCACCGCGGCGGGCCACCCCCGGGCCACCCCCACCCUCACCGCAGGCCUCCCCCGGGGGGCUCCUUUCCCGCAGGCCCCCUCUGGCACGGCCGACGGGGACCCCCUGCCCGCCCCGGGACCCCCUUCCCCACAGCUUCCCCCCCCGGAUCCCUCCAUAACCCCCACCCUGCCCCACAGCACCCUCCCGUAGGGCCCCCCCCACCCCGAGCACAGGCCCCCCCAGCAAGGCCGCAGGCCCCCGGUCUGCCCUAGUCAAAGAGCAGCCCCUCUGCCCCUGUGAAGGGGAGACAGCCCUCCGACCCCCUGUACCGCCCCCCCUCGGGGUGAAGGCCCUGAGGUGCCCCCGUCCCCUCCACCCCAUUGCAGGAGUGGGGGGGUGCUCCGGAGGGGGGCUAUAUCCCAUAAACACCCCCCCCUCCCCUCCUCCUACGAGGAAGCGCUGGGUGGGGGGGAUCGCCAAGGAAAAAGGGGGGGCUCAUCUCAGGCCAAGCCCCCUGGAUAGGAGCUGCCCUGCCCCCUCUCCCCGCCCCCUCCCCCCCCCCCAGCCAUGGAAAUGCAGAAGGGGAAGGGGGGAACAGCAGGAGGAGGGAAGUUGCUGGUCUCCACUCUUCUGGAUGCCAAGGAUGAGUUGGAGGAGAGACUGGAGAGAUGCGUGGGCAUCGUGACUUCACUAACCAACGGGCUGUCGGAGAGGGAAGCUAACGAUGCCCUCAAUGCUCACAUAUGUAAAGGAACCCCGCAGCACGAGGAGAUCUGCCUGGGUCUUUUCACUCUGGUCUUGACGGAACCUGCUCAGGCGCAGAAGUGCUACCGGGACUUGGCGCUGGUGAGCCGAGAUGGCAUGAACAUCGUUCUCAACAAGAUCAACCACAUUCUCAUGGAGAAGUACUUGAAGCUACAGGACACCUGCCGGACCCAGCUGGUGUGGCUGCUGCGGGAGCUGGUGAAGAGCGGGGUGCUCGGUGCCGACGGCGUCUGCAUGACCUUCAUGAAGCAGAUCGCGGGUGGGGAUGUGACGGCGAAGAAUAUCUGGCUGGCCGAGAACGUCCUGGAGAUCCUGACGGAGCAAAGAGAGUGGGUGCUGAAAAGCAGCCUCUUGAUAGCCAUGGCGGUGUACACGUACCUGCGGCUUAUUGUGGACCAUCAUGGCACGUCUCAGCUCCAGGUGCUCCGGCAAAAGGAGGUGGAUUUCUGCAUCUCCCUCCUCCGUGAACGGUUCAUGGACUGCUUCAUGAUCGGCCGGGACCUUGUGCGGCUGCUGCAAAACGUUGCAAGGAUCCCCGAGUUCGAGCAGCUCUGGAAGGACAUCAUCCACAACCCCCAGGUCCUCAGCGCCCAGUUCACAGGUGUCCUCCAGCUCCUCCAGUCGAGGACUUCUCGCAAAUUCCUGGCGUGUCGCCUCACUCCCGACAUGGAAACCAAGCUGCUCUUCAUGACCUCACGGGUCCGGUUCGGCCAGCAGAAGCGGUACCAGGACUGGUUUCAGCGGCAAUACCUGUCCACCCCCGACAGCCAGUCCCUGCGCUGCGACCUCAUACGCUACAUCUGCGGCGUGGUCCACCCCUCCAAUGAGGUGCUCAGCUCCGACAUCCUCCCGCGCUGGGCCAUCAUCGGGUGGCUGCUCACCACCUGCACGUCCAACGUUGCUGCUUCAAAUGCCAAACUGGCCCUGUUCUACGACUGGCUCUUCUUUAACCCCGAGAAGGACAGCAUCAUGAAUAUAGAGCCCGCCAUUCUGGUGAUGCAUCACUCCAUGAAGCCUCACCCUGCCAUCACCGCCACGCUGCUGGAUUUCAUGUGCCGGAUCAUUCCCAACUUCUACCCGCCACUGGAGGCUCACGUCCGGCAAGGCGUGUUCAACUCUCUCACCCACAUCGUGGAGAAGCGAGUCCUGGCACAUCUGGCCCCUCUCUUCGACAACCCCAAGCUGGACAAGGAGCUCCGCGCCAUGUUGAGGGAGAAAUUCCCGGAGUUUUGCAGUUCGCCCUCACCCCCCAUCGAAGUCAAAAUUGAGGAACCCGUUUCCAUGGAGAUGGACAAUCACAUGUCAGAGAAGGAUGACAGUUGCUAUGACAACGCCGAGGCCGCAUUCAGUGACGACGAAGACGACUUGAACAGCAAAGGGAAGAAGAGGGAGUUCAGGUUUCACCCCAUCAAAGAAACCAUUGUGGAGGAGCCUGUUGAUAUCACGCCAUUCCUGGACCAGCUGGAUGAGUCGCUGAAGGAUAAAGUCCUGCAGCUGCAGAAGGGAAGCGAUACGGAAGCUCAGUGUGAGGUCAUGCAGGAAAUCGUGGAUCAAGUCCUGGAGGAGGACUUCGACUCGGAGCAGUUAUCAGUGCUCGCAUCCUGCCUCCAGGAGCUAUUUAAGGCUCACUUCCGUGGUGAGGUUUUGCCAGAAGAAAUCACGGAGGAGUCUCUGGAGGAGUCAGUGGGGAAACCUCUCUACCUAAUAUUUAGGAACCUCUGCCAGAUGCAGGAGGAUAAUAGCGGUUUCUCGCUGCUGCUGGAUCUCCUGUCAGAGCUCUAUCAGAAGCAACCCAAGAUCGGCUACCACCUCCUCUACUAUUUAAAAGCCAGCAAAGCUGCGGCCGGGAAGAUGAACCUCUACGAGUCCUUUGCCCAGGCCACGCAGCUGGGGGACCUGCACACGUGUCUGAUGAUGGACAUGAAAGCCUGCCAGGAAGACGACGUACGGCUGCUCUGCUACCUCACCCCCUCCAUUUACACAGAGUUCCCAGACGAGACCCUACGAAGCGGCGAGCUGCUGAACAUGAUUGUAGCUGUCAUAGACUCCUUCCAGUUGCAGGAACUGGUGUGCCAUGUGAUGAUGGGGAACCUCGUCAUGUUUCGGAAAGACUCGGUGCUGAACAUCCUGAUUCAAAGCCUGGACUGGGAGACCUUUGAGCAGUACUGCACCUGGCAGCUCUUCCUCGCGCACAGCAUUCCUCUGGAGACCAUCAUCCCCAUCCUCCAGCACCUCAAAUACAAAGAGCACCCCGAGGCGUUAUCCUGCCUGCUGCUGCAGCUGCGGCGAGAGAAGCCCAGCGAGGAGAUGGUGAAGAUGGUGCUGAGCCGGCCCUGCCACCCCGACGACCAGUUCACCACCAGCAUCCUGCGGCACUGGUGCAUCAAGCACGACGACCUCCUGGCCGAGCACAUCAAGUCGCUGCUCAUCAAGAACAACAGCCUGCCGCGGAAACGCCAGAGCCUGCGCAGCUCCAGCAGCAAACUGGCCCAGCUCACCCUGGAGCAGAUCCUGGAGCACCUGGACAACCUCCGCCUCAACCUCACCAACACCAAACAGAACUUUUUCAGCCAAACGCCGAUCCUGCAGGCGCUGCAGCACGUCCAGGCCAGCUGCGACGAAGCCCACAAGAUGAAGUUCAGCGACCUCUUCUCCCUGGCCGAGGAGUAUGAAGACUCCUCCACCAAACCCCCCAAGAGCCGCCGAAAAGCCACGCUCUCCAGCCCCCGUAGCCGCAAGAACGCGGCCCAGCCGGCCAACAACGAGGAGGAAUCGGCCUCCAGCAGCGCCUCGGAGGAAGAAGACACCAAACCCAAACCCGCCAAAAGGAAAAGAAAAGGCUCCUCAGCCGUGGGCUCGGACAGUGACUGAGGGCUCCGGCCGCGGUGGCCCCGUGGUGGCCCGGCCGCGCUCAGACAAAAGCCAUUUUCAGGACGGGAAGGACAAGGAGCGGUGUCCCCUCUGGAGCCCGCGGCGACGGGGCCACUCGGCUGCCCCCUGCCCUGACCCUCCCCGUUUGACUUUUUUAGCUCCUUUUUUAUCAUCCGCCAAGGAGGGGUUGGAGCCUGCACACACACACACCCCCCCCCCGACACCUGUCCCCUGCUCUGGGGGGACACAGGGGCUCCCCAGAGGGGACGUGGCACCACGGGGAAGGGACGGGAAACUCGGGGGGGGGGGGGGUUAUAUCAUACACCCCCUAUUUUCAUAUAAAAAAUGUAAAUAAACAGUGGGAACUGGCUUGUCGCUCCAGGAUGCUUAGGGGAGGGGGAGCCUGUGUCCCUGCCCAUGGGGACAAGGGGACACCGCCAUCCCCAGGGCACUGCUGGGGGGGGGGG